GUGCUUUGAACGCAUAUUUCUGCAAUUUAUCCACUACUAUUCAAACUGCUGAAAGCUAGCAAGUUUACUGUCUUUGAACCAUGAGCCGUUGGAUCCCACUGGAGAGCAAUCCCGAUGUCCUAAACGAUUGGUCGAACAAAACAGGCCUUAUCCCUACAUACGGCCAAUUCACAGACGUCUAUGGACUUGAAGACGAGCUCUUGGACAUGGUCCCAAAACCUGUCAAAGCUGUUGUGUUGCUGUUCCCGAUUGGUGGACAGCUGGAGGAGGCGAGGAAGCAGGAGGAUGAAAAGAUCAAGAAAGAGGGGCAGGUGGAGAUUGAUCCUACGGUGUUGUGGAUUAAGCAGACGAUCAGCAACGCGUGUGGAACGAUGGGGUUGCUUCAUGCGCUGGCGAACUCUGAAGUAUCAUUUGAGCCCGAGUCUCCUCUAGCUAAGUUCAUCGACCUGUGCAAAGACAAAUCCCCCCUCGAACGCGCCCAAAUCCUCGAAUCUACUCCUCUCUUCGCUUCCGCACAUGCCUCCGCCGCCUCUUCAGGCCAGACUGCCGUCCCCGAGAAUCUGGACGUCGACCUUCAUUUCACGUGUUUUGUGCAGGCGCCAAGCGCGACGGCGAGGAAGGAUCAGACGGUGACUGGCGAAAGGAGAUUGAUUGAGCUGGAUGGACGUAGGGAAGGGCCUAUUGAUAGAGGGGAGAGCACGGAUUUGUUGAAGGAUGUUGCGAAGUAUGUGAAAGAGCAGAUGAUUCCGAAGGCGACGAGUGCGGAGUUUAGCAUGAUGGCUUUGGCGGGGUUGGAUUGAAGAGCGGUAGGAAAUCGGUUUGUGUAGGGGGUUGUUCCUCCAGGAGAAGCACUGAAAACACAUCUGUACAAUUGCAUCGCUACCCCAAUCAGAGCAUUUUAAGU